GCCUGGUCAAACUGAACAGAAAAAGUCAAAACAACAAAUUUGCUGAGAACGCUGAAAGUGAUUAUAAAACGAUAAAAGAACGCAAACCUUGCUUGGAUCUCACUACUUUUGGGUCUUUUAUAAUGUCAGAAACUUCUGUUUUCCACAGAUUUCAAAUCUGGCUGACAAAUUUGGUGUUCAGACGAGAAAUUGUCAGUGUUCAGGUUGGUGGCCCUGAUUCAGAUACAAAUGCAGUUGCAAGCCAUGUAGACAUCGAUUGUGCUAGCUCCACUCUCUGUCUAUCAGGGGGACAGAUGAGAGUUAAAGAUAUUGAAAAAGUCCUUGAGGCCUAUAAAAACAAGGGACAACUGAAGCAUGUUAUCCUUGAAGGUUUGGAAAUUUAUAAUCUUCCAGCUGGGAUUGGCUCUUUUACAAAUUUGAGGACGUUGAGCUUACAGAACAACUAUUUGGAGGUGCUGCCCUGGUCACUUAUUUACCUGAAGCAACUGAAGAAAUUGGAUGUGUCUUUUAACGAAUUAAGUUCAUUACCACAUACAAUUGGAUAUCUACCAAGCCUAGAAUCGUUUGCAGCAACUAACAACAACAUAAGCACCAUUCCAAACGAGGUGCUUAACCUCUCAAGGCUCAGGAGUCUCCAUCUGGCAGACAACCCCCUGGUGUCCCCACCAUGUGAAGUUGUGUCAGAAGGAGUAAAAGCUGUCUUUGAAUAUUUAAGAAAAAGACAAGAAAGGAGGGAUCUAUUUGAAGGCUAUAACAAGGAAUAUGAUACAUUUGCAUUCACAACAAAAAUACCAAGUCUGCUUCACAUUUCUAUAAAGUGCAUCCUACGAUGUAAUAUUGACUUUCUGAGUGCUGCAUACGUUCCACCCAGAAUAAGGGCAGCAUUAUCAGAUGAAGAGACAGUAAUGAAAAACUCAAUCUGUAUCUGCAAGUGUAGCAAAUGCAACAAGUACUUCUCCAAGAAAGCAUAUUUUGAAAUCCAUGAUUGCAAUGGGAAUGUCUUUAAACGUAAAAUUCAACCAAACACAUCAAGAACAACAUGAGUGCAAAAUCUUUAUGGAUUUUAUUUAACUAUUAUUCAUGCAAAGCAUGAAGGCAAAUCUUACAAUUUUCUCUGUACAUGGUUCCCUGGUUCUACAGCCUUGAACGACUCUCUAUUUAGUGACCAGCAAGUUUGUAAUGAGAAAUUGGGCUCCGCUGGGUCCAUGAAAUAGAGAGACAUUAGAGGCUCUAGAACCAGGGUAUGUACUUGGUAAAUACUUAUAACAUUUUUUAUAACUUUUUUUGCAUUUUCUUUCUAAAUCCAUUUAAUUUAUUAUUGAUUAAAUUUUACUGUACUGGUGUGCCUGGAAAACAGGAUACAGUAUGUAAAUAUUGAUCAAGACUUUUUCUAUUCUUACUUGUUUUUCUACUCACAAUGUGGACUGAAAUGCUUACAUGAAACAGACAAAUGCACAUCACAAAAAGGAAAAAUGUAAUGUACUCACAUGCGGUUCAUCAACUAUAUGGGGCUUUCUGUGAAUCUCCAAGAUUUUGGCCGUGUUUCAUCAUCAUGUGAAUUCUUAGUGCAAGUUGCCAAUUGCAAAUAACAUAAGGUAUUGUGUGUUUCAGGUCAAACUGCACCUUGGUUCACACAAAAAUGGCAGAAGUAAAAACAAAUUAUAAUAA